CGUGAAUGCAUCUCAGUUCAUGUUGGCCAAGCUGGGGUUCAGAUUGGCAAUGCAUGUUGGGAACUCUUCUGCCUGGAGCAUGGAAUCCAGCCGGAUGGAACAUUCAAGGAAAAUCCCGUAAACAUCAGCGAUGAUUCCUUUGCUACAUUCUUCAGAGAAACAGGCACGGGAAAGCAUGUGCCAAGGGCCAUCAUGGUGGAUUUGGAGCAAACUGUAGUCGAUGAAGUGCGAUCUGGCACUUACCGACAGCUUUUCCAUCCAGAACAGCUCAUCACCGGCAAGGAAGACGCUGCCAAUAACUAUGCCCGUGGUCACUAUACCAUUGGAAAAGAAAGGAUUGAGAUGGCAUUGGAUCGCAUUCGAAAACUUGCUGACACUUGCUCUGGUCUACAAGGAUUCCUGAUUUUUCACAGCUUUGGUGGAGGCACAGGCUCUGGCUUUACCUCCUUGCUGAUGGAGCGCCUGUCUGUGGACUAUGGCAAGAAGUCCAAACUGGAGUUUGCCAUCUACCCAGCUCCACAGGUUUCCACAGCAGUUGUGGAGCCCUACAAUUCCAUCCUCACCACCCACACCACCUUGGAGCACUCGGACUGUGCCUUCAUGGUAGACAACGAGGCCAUCUAUGACAUUUGCCAUCGUAACCUGGACAUUGAGCGCCCCACUUACACCAACCUGAACCACCUCAUCAGCCAAAUUGUCUCCUCCAUCACAGCUUCCUUGCGCUUUGAUGGUGCCCUCAAUGUGGACCUGACUGAGUUCCAGACCAACCUGGUGCCCUAUCCUCGCAUCCACUUCCCAUUGGUGACCUAUGCACCCAUCAUCUCCUCUGAAAGAGCCUACCACGAGCAGCUCUCUGUAGCUGAGAUCACCACCUCCUGCUUUGAGCCCAGCAACCAGAUGGUUAAAUGCGACCCUCGCCAUGGGAAGUACAUGGCCUGCUGCAUGCUCUACCGUGGUGAUGUGGUGCCCAAAGAUGUCAACGUAGCAAUUGCUGCUAUCAAGACUAAGAGAGCUAUCCAAUUUGUGGAUUGGUGCCCCACUGGCUUUAAGGUUGGCAUCAAUUACCAACCCCCUACUGCAACCCCUGGAGGUGACUUGGCCAAAGUUGAGCGUGCCGUCUGCAUGCUGAGCAAUACCACCGCCAUUGCCGAAGCCUGGGCAAGGCUCAACCACAAAUUUGACCUUAUGUUUGCCAAGAGAGCAUUUGUGCACUGGUAUAUCGGCGAAGGCAUGGAAGAAGGGGAGUUUGUAGAAGCUCGAGAGGAUCUGUCCGCACUGGAGAAGGACUAUGAAGAAGUGGCAACUGACUCCUUUGACACCAUACUUGACAGCGAGGAAGUUUAAGAGUCUGCUCCUCUCUAUGUACCAAAUUGUCUCUAUCUUUUUUCCCCUAUGUUCUUUGACAGCAAGUUUUGGCAUUCAGACCAGGCUGGGUUUCAGCUUAUGUGUUACACUUUGUAGCAAAAUUUGAAACAAUUUCUGUUCCUGGUUUGAAAGUGUUAUUGUACUCCAGAAACUUUGUUUUUGUGACUGCCACAAACUGUGUUGAAUUGGUUGAGAUUUAGAUAUUCCUAUAGCAAAGUG